AUGCUCUCACGUGUUGCUGCAGUGAAGGCACCCCGCACACACAACCGUCGCCGCGUGACCGGAUCCAGCGGAAGGAGGAGGGAAGGAAGAGAGAGUGAGCCGCAGAGGCCCAACAUGUCCCGGCAUUUGUUUACUUCCGCGGUGCUGCUGCUUCUCGUCGUGUUGAUGUGCUGUGGCAGUGGUGCUGCGCACGCUGAGCAGGCAGGGGCCGCUGUUGAUCCUUUCACAGGGACGACGCCGAUAUCAUUUGCUAAUUGGAAGGAGUUUAACGAGGCUGGCGGCAAAAUCACCUCGCACCGUGUUCCUGGCCUUGUUAAAGUGGGUGAUGAUGUAUUUGCCGUGGCUGAAGCGCAGUGCGGGGAAAGGAAUGAAGCCGGCAGCUGUGCUGGGAUUGUCUCAAAGCACCUGGAUAUAAGUGAUGACUCAAUGGAUAUUUCGACGUCGGAUAUAAGUUUGUUUCGCAUGCAACUUGGGGACACCAUCGAGAAUAAUUUUGGGGCAACAGAAGUGUUGCGGCCAACGACGCUUGUGCUUGGGGACAGUGUUUACAUGCUCCUGGGAAACCACAGCCUUACAAAGUCGCAGGUUGUAGGUAAGAAUGAGCGGGGCCUUUUGCUCGUGAAGGGAACUGUCACGGUGGAUGGUGGAAACAAGAAGAAACUUGUGUGGAAUGAGACCCAUGUGGUGAACCCUCAACGAAAAGGAGAAUCUCGUUCCUUGACCGAGUUUUUGGGUGGUGGAGGAUCGGGUGCUGUUUUGCGUGACGGCACGCUUGUGUUUCCCAUGCAGGCCAAAGGCAGGGAUGGAACGAGAGUUUUACUGUCUAUGCGUUUUGACCCGUCAGACAAAAAAUGGGAGCUUUCAUCCGAGACGCCUGGUAACGGCUGCAUGGAUCCAACCCUGGUGAAGUGGGAAAAAUACGAAGGCGACGAAAGACUCUUCAUGAUGGCUCAUUGUGCUGGAGGCCACUAUGACGUUUACAAGUCCACUCCGGAAGGAGCCAACUGGUAUCCAUCGGGUGAGCCAAUUAACCGCGUGUGGGGCAACUCACACAAUCGAAAGGGGUACGGCGUCCAGAGCGGAUCCACCACCGCAAUCAUUGAGGAAAAGGAGGUGAUGCUCAUCACCGCGCCGGUGUAUCCGAAGGACAAUAAAGGUGGAAAGGGUCGGCUUCAUCUUUGGGUGACGGACACGUCACGUGUGUAUGAUGUUGGGCCGGUAUCCCGUGAAAGUGAUGACGCAGCCGCCAGUUCGCUGUUGAUGAAAGGUGGGAAGGAUAAUAAGGAGGAGUUGAUUUCACUGUACGAGAACAAGAAGGGCGACGGAGCAUACAGUCUCGUUGCUGUGCAUCUGACCGAGAAACUGGAGCGGAUAAAGGAAGUGGUGAAGACAUGGAAGGAUUUGGACAGCGCCUUGCAUUCAUGCCAUUCCGGUUCCAGCGUCACUGUCGACUUGCCAACAAAGGGUAUGUGCAAUGGUCGUGUUCCCACUGAUGGGCUUGUUGGCUUUUUGUCUGGUAACUCAACUGGGACCGAGUGGCGAGACGAGUACCUCGGCGUGAAUGCAACAGUCCAUGGCCCAGCGGAAAAAAGGAGAGAAGUUCCCAAUGGAUUGACGUUCAAAGGACCCGGAGCGUGGGCGGUGUGGCCUGUUGGCGACAUGGGGCAGACUGUGCCGUACUACUUUGCGAACAACGAGUUUACUCUUGUGGCGACGGUGUCCAUCCACGAGGUGCCGAUAGAAAGCAGCAGCCCCAUUCCUUUGAUGGGUGUGAGGAUGAAUGACACCAAAGGCACGGUGCUCUUUGGUCUGUCGUACACCCAUGACAGGAAGUGGCUGGCCAUAUCUGAGAAUUCUGGUAAUGUGGAGGAUCUUGAUGAUGCGGAGGAUCCUGGUAAUGUGGAGGAUGUUGUUGAGUGGGAGCCAAACGAGACAUAUCAGGUGGUACUGCAAAUGGAUUAUUAUUAUUGGACGGUCGUUGUAAAUCGAGAGGAAAUCCACAAGACGAAAUAUAAUACGAGUCUGUUUAACUCGCACAGGAUCUCACACUUCUACAUCGGUGGGGACAGUAAGGACCAAAGUGCAACGGGCGGCCACGUGACGGUGACCAACGUCAUGCUGUACAACGAACUGUUCGAUGAUAAUCUGUAUGAACUCCAUGCCAGCAAAGUCACUAUUCCAUCACUGGGUGUUGAGAAACAACCCACAGAACAGGCGGCCAACACGGGCGCUUUGGUUGCUUCCGAGUCAAACAGUGAAGAAAGCGCCACCAGCCAUGAGGAAUUGAAUGAGGGUGAUACUGAUGAACAAGAGGAAGAAAACGUCCUUAAUCUGGUGCCUGCAGUGUCCUCUUCCACGGUUGCCGGGGGAUCCUCUGUUCCUGAACCCGCCAUCGCAACGGAGAUUGCAGGGAAUUCUCGUUCAGAGGACAAUGCCCAGCUUUCCGAAGGCGAGACGUCUCAGCAAACCACGCUGAAUGAAGACAAUGAAUCGAUGCAGCGGGAUUCGGAGAUGCAGACACAAGAAUUACAGUCAGAGGAGUCAACGGAGGCCACUGAUUUUGAAGGAUCCUCUGAAAGUUAUGGUACAGAACAGCCAGUGGAGGAGGGAGGAACGAAUGGCAGGAGUGGCGGAUCAGUGUCUUCAGGGGCUGCAUCAUCGGAUAUGGACACGGUUGCUGCACCAGUGUACGGUGAGCACCAAGUGCAACAAAUCACUGAGCCUUCCGCUGAAAAUGACGACGUGCGAUCCACUGGAACCGUAACUACCGGCGCGGAGGAAAGUUUCAGCCUCGAGACGGGGGACAGAAAUUCCGAGAGAACAAUGGGCUCAGACAGCAGCCCCACUCCUUCAAAGAGUGACGCCGAACCGACCUCCGCGGAGGACACCGACAACAUCUCUCGGACUGACGGAGCCGAAGUUUCUUCUGAAGACGGCAAGGAGGUGCCACGGACGGUCGACACCGCACCGGAGAAUACAAACACCACGCCUGGGGAAAGCAAGAUCCCAUCGGAGUCCAACGCAACAACACCCUCGGACACUGACAUUUUGCUUGAGCACGGGCAUUUGGGCGAGUUGGCGGCCAUUUCUCUAAUUGGUGACAUCACCGUGCAUGGGUGUUUGUCUCGGGUGCUGUUGCUGCUGCUUCUGGGACUGUGGGGCACUGCGGCUCUCUGUUGA